AUUAAUUUUUUUUUAAUGUAAAUAGCGUAAUAUCGAGGAAAUUGUGGUGUGGGUGUUUUUAUUCGAUUCUAUAUAGAAAUAUCAUAUAAAUAAUAAUCGAAACAGCGGGUGAACCUCGCUCUUGUUUAUAAUAAAUCGCGAUUAUCUUCCGACAAUCUAUAAAGCGAAGAAAGACGUUUUUAAGGGGAUUUUUUUUCCGCAGCACUUGUUUUUCAGCGAUUGUUCGAAACAUGAGCGAAGGUUUGCAUCGGAAUUGCCAUCAACACAUUAAAAUCCUUUACGUUUUUGCCGUGUUGCAAUUUAUCGGAUUGCUGACUUCUCCGUUUUUCUUCUAUGCAUUGACUCGUUAUAGCGACACGUGCCAGGAAAAUCUUUGUGUUCGUUACGUCGGAAGUGAUGACGACCUGCCAGUUGAGGUGGUUCGAGUCGCGCGCCAGAUCGUUAAAAGGGGGCAAUCGUCCGAAAGAACGAACGAGCCCCCUGGGGUUGAAUUCUACUUACACCCUCAACCGACACAAGAUACUAACGACUUUGUUUGGCUCACUUCUAUGACUAGAGUCCCGGUGACUUCGCUCCAAGAAUACUGUUAUUCCGCUCAAGAGUAUUGCCCAAAAGCCAAACAGGGUGCACCGGGAUUAGCAGGCGAGAAAGGCGAUAAAGGAGACAUGGGAAUUAAAGGAGAGAAAGGUGAUCCGGGAAUGCGAGGCGUAAUGGGUCCACCCGGUCAACCCGGAGCCAGAGGACCGAAAGGAGAGCGAGGAGUGGAAGGUUUUCCGGGAUUUGAUGGUCACGAUGGAAUACCGGGACCACCCGGACAAGAUGGAAAACCCGGAAUGAAUGGAUUCGAUGGCAUCCCGGGGCGACCUGGAAUUCCAGGAGAAAAUGGCACCGAUGGUUCCCCGGGUCCACCGGGUGAAAUUGGUGCACCCGGUCCUAAAGGACCUUCAGGAUUGCCAGGACCUAAGGGAGCUAAAGGUGACCCCGGAUAUCCAGGAAUACCUGGUAAUCCAGGAAUUUCAACGUACAAACUCAACGGCUCGGCAGUGGAUAAGCUUUUAAUUCCAGCCAAGAUAAUAGAUACUACAGAUAAAGCUACCGUAUCAGUUCCCGAAGGUUCUAAAGUUGUGCUUUCCUGCAAGGCUACUGGAAUACCCGAACCCAAAUACACCUGGAAAAGGAAAGAACAUACUUUUCUACACCGCGGAAACAGAACUUUCACAACUUCGGUGCAUAGCGAAAACAUCACUCUAGAUCCCGUGACGCGAAAUCACAUGGGUACAUACGUCUGCAUGGCAAGCAACGGUUUGGCUUAUCCAGACAUAAAAACGAUAAAAUUGGAAGUAUAUUUUUCGCCUUACAUAAAAAUCGAGAAUUCCGUGCAAUGGGUGAGGAAACGAACCACUCUAGAAUUAACGUGUAACGUGGAAGCUUAUCCUUUGGGUAUCUUCUAUUGGUUGCAUAAGAAUAACAUACUGCAAAAUAGCACCAAAUAUGAAGUUUCGCAUCGAGAGACCGGGUACAAUACGCUGAUGAUUCUAAGGGUUAAACACAUUGAAGAAGACGAUUACGGAUACAACAUGUAUCGUUGCAUCUACAAAAACGAGAAUAAAGAAGUUGCUGGUGUAUUCUCCAUAUUCGAAUUACAUUCCUCGGAAUUUAAUGGGAAAGAUCCGAAGCCUUCAGUACACGGAACACCUCCACCUGUAAUAGAAGAAGAGCCGCAAUGUACUCCUUGCGAAACUUGCCCGGAAUUACCUAAAUGUCCAAAAUCAGGAAUAUAUACGGGAAAUGUCAUAAAUAAAGAAAAAUAUAAUGCAAAAUGGAAAGAACUUUUAGGAAAAAGAAAAAAUGACUGUGUUCUUCAUCAAAUUGGCAAGCCUGUUUUCUGCCAUUCCUUCAAACUGGACUGGGGAUCGUGGAUGACGGAUCCAAUUCUAAACGAUAGAGAUCACUCACACAUUUGGUUAACAAAGGAAACCAAAGGAGAAACUAAACAAUUAUACCAAUUCAAAAAUAUGGAAGAUUUCAGAAACGACGUCGUCUUCAGGAAUUACACCCUCCCGCAGGCUUUUACAGGAAAUGGCCAUAUCGUUUACAACGGUUCCCUUUACUACCAGACCAAAAACAGCAACAGGAUCGUCAAGUUCAACACUUUUACUAACACAUCAGAGGAAUUCUCCAUAGAGGAUGCAGCUUAUGGUGAUGACAAAUACUUGUACAGCAGCCUUCACAAUUACAUAGAUUUCGAAGCCGACGAAAAUGGUCUUUGGGCCAUUUACGCUUCGAAGUUUUCUAAAAACAUCGUAGUGGUUAAAAUCGACUCGAUCACUUUUGAAAUUUUAUCCAAAUGGAACCUGACCCUAGACCAACAGAGAGUGGGCGAAAUGUUUGUGGCCUGUGGCUCGCUUUACGCCGUGGACAGCGUGAAGGAUAUCGACACUAAAAUCUAUCUCGUGUUCGACCUGUACCUCAACACUACCAACGAGAUUGUGGCAGAUUUCAUUAAUCCUUUUCGACAGAAUUAUUUGGUUAAAUACAACUGGAAAGAACAAUCUAUUUACACUUGGGAUAAAGGAAAUUUGCUUACUUAUCCCCUUCUCUUCACAAGUAUGAAUGAAGAAUAAUUUGAAGUUUCUUAUAUACAGUAGUAACUACUUAUUGUAAUCUCUUUGAAACUCAACAGUAACAAAUUGCUUAACAUUAUCAAUUGGUACACAUGAGUUAAAUCGGUGGAUACACCUUAUUAUUACGGGGUGGUGCAUUUGUAUGUCCUGGUGGUAAAAUUAAAUUAUUCAAAAAGUCCAAA